UUAGAAUAAUACUUUCCUCUUCCAUUUACAAUACUGUAUUCUUUAUGUAUAAAAAUAACUUUCAAAGAAUGAAUUUUAUAAUAUUUGACAUUCAAAACCACAAAGAAUCAAACAAACAGAUCGGUUCAAGAACAAGUUCACCAUGAAGACAAAGUAUGGAGCAGUAGUUGCACCUGUUUUCGCCCUUGCUGGUGCCUAUGUUGCUUGGGAGUACAUAUACCAUCGUUUAUGGAGAAAGAAUAACGAAAACACUGAUAUUCCAGAUAGCAAAAAUAGUAUACGUAAAAGCCUUGUUGAAAAAAGAAGAGAUGAUAAUGUUAAAAACACUAGCAAGGAGGCUUCUUCAAGAAGAAGUGGAAGGGCUCAGAAUACCCUCUCAAGAUCUGUUUCAAUGGGGGCUAUUCGAGGAGGAAAGUUGGCAUUGAAGAGAUUGCUUGAUUUGCACUCAUAUAGUGUUGAUACUUCUUCCCUUGCAAAUGCUGAAAUCGAAUUUGAAUCCUUGCUUUCCAAGGAAAAGCCGGAUUUUGAGUUGCUUCAGAGAGACAUUGUGAAGAUGGAAAUGAGUGGAAAAGAAGCAAAAGGAGUGGAGAUAUUAAAGAGAGCAUUAGAGAAAGCAAGAAAAGAAGAGAGAGGUCAUGAGGCUUAUGAGAUUGAAAUGUUGCUUGUGGAGAUGUUGAUCUACUUGGGAAACAUUGAAGAGGCUUUAAAAUGUAAGUGUUUAGAGGAUGAAGUCAUAACAGAUGCAAGACGUCCUCUUUACCAGGCUAUAAUCCAGUAUCUUAGUGGACAUCCUGAGAAGCAAGUGGAGGAGACAUUCAACAGGUUCAGGGAGAUUCAGAUCGGUCUACAAUGGCCUGGAAGCUCAGAAGAGUGUGAGACUCAUGAAGUCACAUUAGAUGAGUUCAAGAAAGUGCUGGAGUCUCUCAAGCAAGAAAUCCAAGACAGCACGAAAAUAAAUAUUGAAAACUCAACUCCACUGGACAAACAACAUUGACAUAGACAACCAAGAUAAAAUAAUGGAAGAUAUAUAUAUAUAUAUUUCAAUAAUUUCAAGAAAUGAUUAAAAGAUUUGGUACAUUAGAAAUGCAGAUUGUUUAUCAUAUUUUAAGAUUUUGUCAGAAACUUCCACUGAAUCUAGGCGUGCGCAUUUGGAUUCUCGGAUCAGGUUAAGGUCAGUUCA